CCCCCAACCCUUGAGAUUAAAAUCCUUUAGUUUCUUACUGUUACCCAAAUUAAAAUCGAAAUGCUUAAGCUGGGUCCCUACCUAUUGUACUAGCCCCAUCUAGGUGUCACCUUUCUGUAACCUAAGAUACUGCCUUGAGAUUAUUAUGAUGCUUCCUGGAUGGGUCAGGCUCUCUGACACCCAAAAGUCCUUUGCAAUCUCUUCCACCUGCCUGGAUUGCUGGUUUCAUCUCUAGUUAGAUGGGCAAUCUUUGCACAUCCAUCAAAAUCCCAAAGCGUUAUCCCUGAGAUCCUCUGCGCCUCCCCACGACAGACCUUCCUCCUCUUCCACAUCACUUUGAAUACACCCAUACGUACUGGGCACUGGUCUGACCUACUUUUUUGCAUAUCUGAUUUCUCACUAGGUCGUGAGCUUCUUGAGGGCAAGGCCAUGUCUCUUCAUGGUAGUAUCACUGCAUAGGUUCUUAGUACGUUCAAAAUCAGACUGUACCAGCCUUCCUAAAAUUAUGUUGUGAGACCUUGGACAUACUACUUCUCUGUGACUUUUGUUGCUAUAUCUGUAAAACAGCGCUAAUGAUGCCCUCUGAACAAAAUUUUGUAAAGACUAGCAGAACUUGUGAGGCUUACUGGCGUACAGCUGGCAUUUACGGUGUACCUCGUGGCUAGCCACUGCCCUCUAUAACUGUUGAAGCGACUCAGCAUAACUGAAGUUGGGUACCAACUAUAUGCUAUAACGUCAACGAGGUGCCAAGCGCCGCGCUAGAAAGGGCUGCAAUUUGCCUUAGUCUAAAUGUGUCUUAACCGUCAUCCUUUGGGGACAUAGGGCCUGAAUCCCUAACAGUGGGACGCGUCUCACCCGGUAUCUACGAGGAAUGUAGUGCGACGUCUAUCCCCAGCUUGCUUAUGCAGCCCCAAGGCCAGCUCGGGCGCCCUUGCCAAACCAGCUCCCGGGGUCCACGACUGCACUUGCUCCACUGUUCCCCAGAGUUGUCGCGUACGGCCCCCACCUCUGCUGGCUUCCGAGAAAGUCGCCUCCAUCCACUGAGCGAGGAGCCCCGCCCACCAGCGCUCCCCGGGGGCGGAGGCUGAGGCGUUGCGCUGUCGUCACUUCCAGCGGACCCGGAAGCGCUUGUCGAUGGCCCGCGACACUUUGGAAGUCGUGAUGGCAUCGAGUUCAGUGUAAACCUUUGGCCAACUGUGGGUCGAGGGGGCCGGCCCGGUUUGCUGUGGCCGGAACAGGCGGAGAGGGUGGAGCAGCUUCAGGACCAGUGCGGCGAAUCUUGGCUGUGAGCUUCUCUCCUGCCAGCGUCGCCCCGCCUUCAGGGUAGAACUCGCUUCCCGGCUCUGGGCCCUGAGACCCGGCUGGCGAUUCUGCCAGGCUGUCACCCGCCUUGCAUCUGGUCUCUGACCUUAGGGCGCAGUGAGUGUGUGGUCCGCUGCCUGAUAGGUCUCCCCACGUUGCUUCUAUAUCCUCUCGUCUUCCGCGGUCCUCUCUUGGGCUGCCAGAACUCUGACGUGGAGGAACGCGCCUGGAGUCCCCAUGGAGAAGUUUGGGAUGAAUUUUGGAGGCGGCCCAAGCAAGAAGGACCUGCUGGAGACCAUAGAGAGUCAGAAGAAGCAGCUUCUCCAGUACCAAGCUCGACUUAAGGAUGUGGUCCGCGCCUACAAAAGCUUGCUUAAGGAGAAGGAAGCUCUGGAGGCCAGCAUCAAGGUGCUGUCGGUAUCCCAUGAAGCGGAUGUGGGCCUCUCAGGAGUCCAGCCUUCAGGUCUCACCUUUCCUGAUUCUGUGGAUGACCACUGCUCCACUCAUAGCGAGGAUAGUACUGGUACUGCCACUAGCUUGGAUACUGCAGCCAGUCUCACCAGCACCAGGGGUGAUCUUGGAGUAGAGGAUGACAGAGUGGCCCGUGGACUACCACCUCCAAAGUCCGAAGAGGCUAGUGGGUCAGAGAGUGGCGUGAGCAGUAGCAGUGGUGAUGGGCCAUUUGGAGGUGGUGAGGUAGACAAAAGACUGCAUCAGCUGAAGACCCAGUUGGCUACUUUGACAAGCGCAUUGGCUACAGUCACGCAGGAGAAGUCCCGCAUGGAGGCUUCUUAUCUGGCUGACAAGAAGAAGAUGAAACAGGAUUUAGAGGAGGCCAGCAAAAAGUCAGAGGAAGAAAGGGGUCGCUUGGAGGGAGAAGUGAAAGGGCUGCAGGAGCAGAUAGCAGAAACCAAAGCCCGACUUAUCACGCAACAGCAUGAUCGAGCCCAAGAGCAGAGUGACCAUGCCUUGAUGCUGCGUGAGCUCCAGAAACUGCUGCAGGAGGAGAGGACCCAGCGCCAAGACUUGGAGCUAAGGUUAGAAGAGACUCGAGAAGCCCUGGCAGGGCGGGCAUAUGCAGCUGAUCAGAUGGAAGGGUUUGAACUGCAGACCAAGCAGCUGACUCGUGAGGUGGAGGAGCUGAAAGGUGAGUUGCAAGCCAUUCGAGAUGAGAAGAUUCGGCCAGAUCCCCGGCUGCAAGAGCUUCAAGAAGAGGCCACUUGCCUUAAGAGCCAUUUCCAGGCUCAGUUGCAGCAGGAAAUAAGAAAGACAGCCCUUGUAGAGGAUCAGCUCCGCCAGCAAUCUCAGGUAGAAGAACAGAGGGUAGCAGCCUUAGAAAAUCAAAUAUCUGAAGUGUCUGAACUGCUGGGCACCUAUGAGAAAGCCAAGCAGAAGGACCAGCUAACCAUCCAGAAACUAAAGGAGCGCAUUCUGCAGCUAGAUCUGGAGAACAAAACGCUGGCUCUUGCAGCCUCUAGCCGAUCCCCUCUUGAUAGCCAUGGAGAUGAGUCCAGUCUGGAUGUCAAUGUCCUGAAGGAUAAGAUGGAGAAGCUGAAGAGGCUGCUGCAGGUUGCAGCCAGGAAAAGCCAGCUGACCCUGGAUGUGGAGAAGCUCUGUGACCUGGAGAUAAUGCCCAGCUCAGAGGCUGCGGACGGAGAAAAGGCUACUACACUUUAUUACCAACAGGAGCUGAAACAGCUAAAGGAAGAGUUUGAGCGCUACAAGAUGAGGGCCCAGGUUGUGCUCAAGAGCAAGAAUACCAAAGAUGGAAACCUGGCAAAGGAGCUGGAGGCAGCACAGGAACAGCUUGCAGAGCUGAAGGAGAAGUAUAUCUCCCUUCGGCUAUCCUGCGAGGAGCUUGAGCGCCAGCACCAGCAGGAGGCUGAGGACUGGAAGCAGGAACUGGUCAGGCUGCAGCAGCUUCACCGGCAGGAGCUGGAGCGCAGCCAGCUGGACUUCAGGGACCACACAUUAAAACUGGAGGAGGAGCUGCACAAGCAGCGGGACCGAGCCCUGGCUGUGCUCACCGAGAAGGACUUGGAGUUGGAGCAGUUGCGUUCUGUGGCUUUUUCCUGUGGGUUGCCAGGUCGCAGAAGCCCUGUGGGUGGUGGGGGUCCUAGGGAUCUGGCUGACACAUCUAUCCCAGAUAGCCUGACCCAAGCACUGCAGCUUGCUGUGGCCAAUGAACCUACUUUUUUUCUGUAUGCUGAGCAGUUGGCUCGCAAGGAGGUGGAGAUCACAGCAUUGAGGAAGCAGAAACACAGGCUGGAGGUAGAGGUGCACCAGUUGCAGGAUCGACUCCUGGAAGAGGGGGAGAGGCAUCGGGAGGAGGUUGGAGCCCUGCAGAGCCACAUCGAAAAGAAUAUCAGGGACCAGAGCAGAGAGGGAGCCAACCUGGAGUACCUUAAAAACAUCAUUUACCGCUUCCUGACCUUACCUGACAGCUUGGGGCGCCAGCAGACUCUUAGAGCUAUACUGACUAUUUUGCACUUUAGUCCAGAAGAGAAACAAGUGAUAAUGCAGCUCCCAAGCAGUGGUAGCUGGUGGCCUUCUGGCAAGAGAUGAUACUAUUUUCCCUGACUCCUAAAAUCUCUGUGCCUCUUUUACGUGGGAAAAGGCAGGCUCUGAUUUUUACUGCCUUGUCUCAUCAUUUGUUCACUGUGUUGAACUCAGAGGAGUCUUCAGUGUGUAAUGGGAUUUUCUGCCAAAUGCCAUUAAUGCUGCUUUAUCCUUGGGCCCUAGAGAUACGAAAACUAUUGGGACAGAAUCUUCUGCUGGUGUGUAUAUGAAGGGAAUUGUGGGAGGGGUUAGGACUGAGGUACAAAAGUUAGGGAAGUGGUGAGAAUCUUUUAAAAUAAGUUUGUUUUUUUUUAAUAUUAGGCUCCUAGUGCAGGGCUAGGAGUACUGUGACUCCAGAAGGAGUUCCAUAUAUUUCAUCCAUCUUAUCUCAGUCUAAGGCUAGUCCAUUGCUGCCGCAAUUCUUUGGGGACAUAAGGUCAGACUAGAAAAUUUGAAAUAGUGAUGAGUUGUCCAUUGGUCCCUAGAGCUAAUGGAUAGUGAGCUCAUCUCAGAACUGGGAAGCUUGAUCUAGUUAGACCUAGGAUGACUUAAUCUAAAUAAGACACUACUGAGGACCCUGAGCACCAGUUUGUUGAAAUUUCCUGAUGACCUGCAUUUUGUGGGCAAGGUUAAAAUAGAUUUCUCACUUGUCUCUGUCUUAAUUUA